AGCUGCGCUGCAUAUGCAGCGCUAUCGCGCCCGAUAUUUCUAGAGCAGAUGUGGAGUACGGUACAGUACGUGCCCGACAGAGAUCUGUUCGGUUCAGAUUUGACUGAAAUAUUGAGAUUGUUUCUGCAAUUGUGUUGUGUGAGGUUCUGUCUUUGCUGAGAAAUUUGGAGUCGCCCUGAAAUCUUCCACUUGAUGAGGGAUUCUGAAGGGUAACUUCACAUGCAGGCGUAGCAGUUUUCAAAAAGGACCUUUCACUUACAUGUAGGCCGUAUUGCUGAAGAACUCGAACUCAAGAUAUAGAAUUCAGAGAUGCCCCUGACAUAUUUUGAAUAGCACCCGUCCCAUUUUGUCUUCCUCGGUGCGUUCUAAUUGAGGGUUUUGGAGUGCUGCCGCAACAAUGCCUCGCAAGAGAGGGGGCGGGCUCCUGUGCGGAUGCUUUGGGGGAGGAGAUGAGACGCCUCAUAUCACCUACGAUGUGGACAAUGGGAUGGUCUUGCACCCCAUGGAGGUCGCGGACCCCAUGCCGCCAUUGGAGGAGCUCAACUUGAUGUUUGUGGAACUUGUGGAUGAGUUGGAUCUGCCAGCCCUACACAGGGAACGAAUGUUCAGCUUGUCCCCGGAGAAGAAAUGGCAGAUUUACUGCAGCAAGAAGAAGGAACAGGAUGAUCCUAAUUCAACCAAGUGGCCUGAUUACUACCUUGAGCAGCUGAAAACCAUGAUGACGUUGGCUUUUACACACGACGAAGACGUGAUUGCUUCCAGAACAAACCUGGUGGAUAGUCUGAAGACAGCUCUUCGAACGCAACCAAUGAGGUUUGUUAUGAGGUUCAUAGAGCUGGACGGGCUCUCCACGCUGCUGGAGUUCCUUAAAAACAUGGACUUUGAUUUGAUGGAAAGUCCCAUUCAUACGUCCGUGAUUGGCUGCAUCAAGGCUCUCAUGAAUAAUUCACACGGCCGGGCAGACGUGUUAGCCCAUCCGACUGCCAUCAACAUCAUCACACAGAGCAUGAACUCGGAGAAUAUCAGGACCAAGAUCCAGGUGUUGGAGAUCCUGGGUGGGGUGUGCCUGGUGCCUGGGGGACACCGCAAGGUCCUGAACGCCAUGUGCCACUAUCAGGAAUAUGCCUCAGAGAGGACUAGGUUCCAGAGGUUAGUGAAUGACCUGGACCGGAGUACAGGUCACUACAGGGAAGAGGUCAACCUGAAGACGGCCAUCUUGUCCUUCAUCAACGCUAUCAUCAAAUAUGGAGCUGGGGAGGACAAUCUUGAAUUCAGAAUUCACUUGCGGUAUGAGUUUCUCAUGCUUGGUAUUCAGCCAGUUAUAGACAAACUACGGAGUCUGGAGAAUGCCACUGUAGAUAGGCAUUUAGAUUUCUUUGAAUUAGUACGGAAUGAAGACGAAAGGGAACUUGCGAAGAGAUUCAACCUGGUACAUGUAGACGUUCGGAGUGCAAAUAGCAUGUUUGACGUGAUAAAGAAGAAGAUAGCACACACUCAGGCCUACCCUCACUUCCUAUCGCUACUACAACAUUUUCUACUCUUACCAAAUAAAGGCGUCAGCAUACAUCACUGGUCACUGGUAGACCGGCUGGUCCAGCAGAUUGUCCUCCAGUACGAGGACGGAGGGGAUCCGGAUGUGGCACCAUUUGAUAUCAACUUCAAGGACGUGAUUGAGAAGGUUAUCAACCAGGAUGUCAUCAGGCAGCAGAAGGCUGAGGAAUUGGAAAAAUUGUACGAGGAACUAAAAGGCCAGCUGGAGAGGAAAGAACGGGAACUGGAUGCCAAAAACCAAGAGAAGGAAGAAGCAAUGGGUGCACUCAACUCAGUACAGGAGAGAUUUGACCAGCAGGCAGCUGAGCUGGCCAUGUCAAGCAGACAAGGGCAGGAGCUACAAGCCCAGAUGGCUGAACUCAAGGCCAUGAUUGCCAGCGGCAAGCUAGGACCCAACAUUAGUCUCUCAGAUGAUGACAAGUUGAAAACAGGAGCCCUGAAGUCCCCAACUCCCCCUUCUGGAGGCCCUCCACCUCCCCCACCCCCGAUGGCACCAUUUGCCCCACCCCCUCCCCCUGGCAUGGGACCACCGGCCCCACCCCCUCCUCCUGGCUCAGGAGGGGCACCGCCACCUCCAGGUAUGGGAGGCAUGAUGGGCAAGAAAAAGAACUACCCCAAGCCUUCCAAUCCUUUGAAAUCAUUCAACUGGGCCAAACUGCCCGACCUGCAGCUGCAAGGAACGAUAUGGACAGACCUGGAUGAGAUGAAGAUUUUAAAGAUCAUGGACCUGGCAGAGUUUGACAAGGUCUUCUCAGCCUACCAGAAGGUGGACACGGACGGUGACACGGGCUUCAGCUUCCGGUCCAGCAAGCGGAAGGAGCUGUCGGUCAUAGACGGCCGGCGGGCUCAGAACUGUACCAUCCUGCUGUCCAAGCUGAAGCUGAGUAACGAGGAGCUUACCAAGGCAGUCCUCAGCAUGGACCAAGGAGAGGAUGUCCCGAAAGACAUGCUGGAACAGCUCUUGAAAUUUGUUCCUACACCCGAAGAGACCACACUGUUAAAAGAACAUGAACGAGAGAUUGAGAGUAUGGCAAGGGCAGACUGCUUCUUGUAUGAAAUGAGCAAGAUCACCCACUAUGAGCAGAGAUUAAAAUGCUUGUACUUCAAGAAGAAGUUCCAGGAGAGAAUGGGCGAGUGUAAACCCAAAGUAGAAGCUGUACUCAAAGCCUCGAAGGAACUGAGCUCAAGCAAGAGGUUAAGGAAGGUCUUAGAGAUCAUUCUGGCCUUUGGCAAUUACAUGAACAGGGGAGCCAGGGGUAACGCCUCGGGCUUCCGUAUCUCCAGUCUGAACAAGAUCAUGGACACCAAAUCAAGUAAUCCCAAAUAUUCCACACUCCUCCAUUACAUGGCAGCAGUAUUAGAGAAAAAGUUCCCCGAUGUCUUCAAAUUGGAAGAGGAACUUGCAUCAGUACGGGACGCAUCCAAAGUCAACAUGGUUGAGUUAGAGAAAGACAUCUCUGUCAUUGGAGGAGGACUGAAAGAAGUGGAAAAGGAGCUGGACUAUCAGAGGAAUAGACCCAACGCAGAGAAGGGGGACAAGUUUAUCUCAGUCAUGAGCGACUUCAAGACAGUCGCCUCAAUCAGCUUCUCCAAGAUCACUGAAAUCCAAGCCCAGGCCAAGGAAAAGAUUGCCAAGUGCAUCAAGCAGUUCGGGGAAGACCCGGCCAAGACGACGGCCGAGGAGUUCUUCAGCACCUUUGAUUCCUUCAUCCAAGCCUUUAUUGAGGCUAAGAUUGACAAUGAGAACAUGCGUAAGAAGCAGGAGGAAGAAGAGAAGAGAGCGCGCAUCGAAGCCGAGAGGGUAGCGCGGGACAAAAAGCGAAAAGCCAGCAAGAAGGAGCAGAACGGACGGACGCAAGGCGGCGAGGGCGAAUUUGACGACCUCAUCUCGGCCCUGAGGACAGGGGACAUGUUUGGCGAGGACGUGGCCAAAAUGAAACGCAACCGGAAGCGGCAAAACCAGCCUGCGCAGGCGGCCGCGUCUAAUGGCAACAGUCGCCCCAAAGUGGCUGAGGUCAGCCGGGAGCGCGUGGGCAAACCAAAGCCGACGUCACCCUCGUCAAAGAUGACUGCCAUAUAGUGUCUUCUGCUGCUGCUGAAUUGACUGUACGAAGCUGAGUUCUCCACUUGGGAGAGACUUAAAUGCAGCAGAUAUAAUUUCUGUGGCAGUCACCAGUGAUUGCUAUUCGAUAAUGCACCAUGUGCAAAUGAAGCAAGAACUCCCUGGAAAUGUCUGGACGUGGGGAUUGCCUCACAGUAAUACACCAUGUGCGAAGGUAACAAGGGUGCGGUAGAACUGUCGGAAAUCGGUGGGUGCCCUCAAACAACAUACCUGGUGCAAAUGAAGUAAGGACUUCGCAGACCAGCAAGGAUAAAGAAAACAUCGUCCGAAGUGAUGUUAAAAUGUGGAGAGGUCCAGACCAAUUCACCUCUGAUCAUCGUGGCAAGACGGCAGCAUGCAAGAGGGACGAGUUUCUCAAUUUCCCCACAGAGGUUUGCCCCCAAAAAAUGGAAUGUUGCAUGCCCCAGAAACAUACUCUUUGACGCCUGACAGCUAUUUAAAGAGAAAAGGGAACAAAUUAAUAGAAGCUGUAAAAAUGUACACGUAUGUUUAACCUGGAAAAAAAGACUGGAAAUGAAAUUCCAGUCACUGCUACAGUGGCCAAAGCCAACUGUACUUCAACUUUGCGUAGUCAAAAAAAAAAAAUAUUCCUUUAUGUUUUGGAGCUGGCUCAUCCUCUAUCCAUCAUUAUUUAAGCAACUCCAAAUGAAUUGCUCGUCAUUUUUUUUUGUAAAAAGAAACCUGUAAAUAUAAUUUCAAUUUGUUUAUAAGACUUGUAAGUAAAAGCUCAGUGCUAACCACACUUUUCUGUACAAAACAACGAUCAACAAAACACUUAACAGACUUGUUGCAAACUUCAUAUGCUUUUUUUUUCUUUUCGCCUUAAAGCUAUUCAGUCUAUCACUAUGAUUCAGACAAUUUUCAUUCUGAAACUUGUUUUCCUUGUAUAAAACCUUUAUUUGGCUUGCCAUAGGUUUAGAAAUUAAACAGGGUUAUACUUUUGCGAAGCGUAAGUUAAUUUUAAACAGUGGGGGAAAAAAAGAGACAAAAACAGUCAAAGUAGUAUUUCAUUCUAUAACAGAAUUGAAGGCAUGCAUUCUUCUGCAGAAAUUUGUCUGUUUGAAUCUUUUUUUGUUUCAUCAUUUCGUCACAUUUGUCUCUGAUUUUAUACAUUGAAGUCAUUGGUACGCCUUUUGCAUGUGUUGUGAAAUGAUGCACAUGUCAAAGGUUGUGGGUGGUUUGACCUUUGGAUAUGCCCUUGUAAAAUAUAUGAUGGUGUAAAUUGUCUUGAAAGAGAAAAAAAAAUGGUGUAAGAAGUAAUAAAUGCAAUGCAAGUUCCUUUUUAUGCAGACCUUUUCUUGUGCGUGCGUAAAAAUGAAGAAAAAAAAAUUACGCCAAAUUGUACAUAUUUUUUUUUUUUUUUUUUUUUCUUUGGGAAGCUAUUUCUACUGAAUUCUCAAAACUCUUAAAGAGUAAGUGGUCUUCGUACCGUUUUGUGGAGUUCUUCUGAAAAAAGAAGAGUUGCAUGAAACAACAAAGGGAAACAUGCCUGCAAUGCUGUACAGAUUUAAAAUUAAAAGAAGGGCAAAGAAAGGUCUCUGUCUGGGCUCUAUGGUGUUGAUUAUGACAAACUGAACAGGCUCGAUCGGUUUCCGUCCCGUAGCCCAAUCAGUCGAAAGAGAGAUCUAAGUAUGAACAGUGAUAUCUUAACGGUGUAUAUUAAAGAUGGCUGCAAUUUGGUAUAUAGUGAAUGUAUGUAUGUGGUGGUGUUGUAGAGUCAUUGAGCAUUGUGCAUGCGGAAGCAAUUUCUUCCUUUUUUUUCUCCCUGUCUUUCUGUAUUUUGUUAUUACAUGUAAAUUUAAGUCUUGUUUAUGUGUGUCCACAAGUCUGUUACCCCAUUGAGUGUGACUGUCCAUGUAAAAUGCCAUGGUAUCCACACAGGGAAGUGUGUGAUUUAAAAUCUGCUUGCAUAGUCUCAGUUUGAAUUUGUGAGUAUUGCAAUGCACGGGAUGGUUCACAGUGGACUGGCAUACUUCUUGAAGGCAAUAGACAUACUAGUCUCGUUGGCAGCUCUCUUAUUGUAAUAGCCAUUCCACAAACUCUCCGCAGUUGGAUAGCCAAAGGGUUUGACUGAACUUAUGUUCUUACUAGGGGUUCAGUCAGUUAAGAUUAACACUAGCCGGAUUUGAACAGCAAUGUGAAGCUCUUUGAGACCUUUAAGACUUUUAUAAGGCAAUAUAUUGUAAGCUUAUUAUUAUUAUAAUGAAAUUCCAGCUCAAAAUGAGUUGUCAAGGUGAGGAUCAAGACCAACGUAAAAACGUUUGGUAAAAAGGUAUUUAAUCUUGAUGGCAUUUCAAUUUUCAUUUGGUAUUGGGAAAUGUUCACUUAUGUCAUGAUUGCAUUUCCUUAACAAACAUUGAUUAACAUUGCUUCUAAACCAAACAUAAGGCAAUUUUAAAAGUAGACGCACGGGCAACUUUGCACGAUUGGUUUUGAAAGGUAGGCUUCAAUGCCAAGCUUCAAAAGCUAGAUUCACUUCAUAAUUUAGAAAAAGUAACGAUCUGAAAGAGUUUUUUGCUGUCCCACACUUUCUUCUUCCAAUAUUGCGACACCAUGCCAAGAGCUAAUAGGGCUCUCAAAUUGACGGCCAUCUCUGUAGGGAACUGCAGCUGCUUAUUUGAUGCAAUCAAGCACUCAUUACGUAGUGCCUGUUGCUCGAAAUGUGUUUGAAAUAUGACGUAGCCAAUGCAGGUUAUGCAAGUUGCCGCUCAAAAUGCCGAUGCAUGUGGAUGGUCUGUAGCAAAUGACGUCAUUUGAGAGAGACCUAAAUAAAGACCGAUCCAUUAAGCCCCACCCACAGCACACGUGGGUGACAAAAGACACAUGUGCCUCUCCAAUGCAACACUGCAUCUUCCAGCAGUGCGCCUCGUACACACAUGCAUGCAUGUCAGACUUUGGUGCACGCAUGUAUGUUGGACAUUGAUCUGACUCGGGCAGUCAAGUUGGCAUAGUGUAUUUUCCUCACCUUCCACCGCUGUGACCCGGGUUCAGUUCCUGCCUGGGCUAAUAUGUGGAUUGGCUUUUUCGGUCACUGCCUGAUUCCGUUGGUUUCCUCAGAAUAUUCUUCUGGGGUUUUCGUCCCACAUCUAAAACUCUAACUUCUUCACAUUGUCUUCUCUUUUCUGGGCCCCAUAGAAGAACGGUGGAUCUCACUGAAUGGGCCUACCCAGUUAAAAUAAAAUUAAACAAUUGAUUAAUUAAUAAGUUAAAUCACAGCUGUGAUUGGUCAAAAUAUAAUGGGCUGGGCUUAAUGGAUCGGCAAUGACUUGUCGCUAGAAUAGGUAUGAGUAAACCUUUGUGUAUUCAUUUUAAUAAAUUAAAACAAAGAAAAAAAAAAAAACAUCUGAUACACCUGCAGCUAAUAAGUUCUAUUGUGAAGUGGCUACAUGGUAAUAUUCCAAUGUGGAUUAGCCUAUACAUGAUUGUGAAUGGACAUUUUUGGUUUUGGCUUGUGAGAAUACCAUAUCUCCAAUACAUAGCUAUAGGCUGGAAAAACUUGCAGUUUGUGGAUUAUGUAGAUACGGUAUGUGCAUAUCAGAUGCAGGAUCCCUGUUGUGACACUGACUAACACAAUGACAUCACUCUGGAAACUAGACAAAGAUGGUUGCUUCCUGAGAGUAAAGGUCUAUGACCAUGUGCAAAUUGCAGCUUUUUUUCGAAAUCGUAGCAUUCCUGUCAAAAUUGAGAGAAAAAUAUUGUAAGUAUUCAAAAAUAAGCACUUCAUUGCGAAGUAGAUUUUAGGGCCAAAGAUAUUUUUUUUUCAGAGACUGCCUUUAAACUUUUUUCCCUUCAAAUCCCCAAAUCUGUAUUCCUAAAGUGGUGUAUUUAAUUGAAGUUAUCCGUUUCUUCCUGUUCAAAGAACAAAUAUAUUUAUGUAAUCAUAAGUUUACUGUAAGAUUAUUUGGUGGUUUCUUUUUUAAGGUAAUCUUGUAAUUACAUGUAGAUACUUUCUUUGUGUUUAUAUAUUUUCAUUCUGUUGGCAGUUGUAUAUGGUGCAAGAUGAGUAAACAAGAACAAGAAAACCCUCAGUAUAUAUAUAUUUUUUAUCAUAGCUGAAACCAUCAGCAUGAAGUCCUGCCUUAUACGAUUGUCAACGAAAAGCAAACGUUUGAACUCUUGAGCCACUGCACUAACCAAAUCUGACCCAGCCUAUUAUUUCAAAAUGCAAAUUACUUGACACUUGCAUGAAAGUUACAUGUGCCUUUUGCCAUAUCUUCACUUCAUACCUCAAAUAUUGUAUGUCUCAAGGGCUCUUGUGAUUGAAAAAAAAAAAUGAUGUUGUUUCCUUAACUCAUGAGCAUUUGUACAACAUCGUAUUACAUUUCUUUAUUCCCAGACGAAUCCAUAAAAACAUUGGGCGGUUUCGGGUAAUACAGCGAGUAAUAUUUCAAGCAGCUAGUUAAAUUUGCACUACUUUGAGAAUGAGAAAGUGGCAAUGUACUUCAGCUCGACUUGAGAUUGUCCAAACCUGUCCACAGUGGUUAGUGUUAACAAAAUUGCCUCUUUAGGCCUGUUAAAACAUGUACUUCAUGCAGUUUUUAGUGCGAUGCCGUUUCUUUAGGGUACGUCACAGUAAAACUUCAGUUGUAGACGUCAUGAAAUUCACUUCGCUUUCGCGUGAAGAAUGAACGGGCAUUUAAUCAGAAGAUUAAUGACUAUGUAUGAUUUAUCCUCGACCAGUAACGUAUUGUUCCACUUCAAAACAAAACUUUGAAACAAAACUUUUGCAUGCUGGGGUUAUAAAAGCAAGUUAAAAUACGUAAUUGUUAACAGGUAUGAACGAAAAUCCAUUUUCCCAACCCCACCCAUGUUGUUUUCAUGUUCUGUUUGUUUGUGUGCGUGUUUUCUUCAUUGUACAGUUUUAAGUUAUUUGACAGUUGCCUAUGUAUUUCAUGUUUGUAUAAAAAAAAACUAAUAAAGUAUUAACCAAUCAAUGGUAUUCCUACAGAA